AUGACCGAACCCCACAAAGAGAAGCGAACCUCACAAAGAGAAGCGAACCUCACAAAGCAAGUGAACCUCACAAAGAGAAACGAACCUCACAAAGAGACACGAACCCGACAAGGAGAAGCGAACCCCACAAAGAGAAGCGAACCUCACAAAGAGAAACGAACCUCACCAAGAGAAACGAACCUCACAAAGAGGAACGAACCCCACAAAGAGAAGCGAACCUCACAAAGAGAAGCGAACCUCACAAAGAGGAACGAACCCCACAAAGAGAAACGAACCUCACAAAGACAAAGAGACAAGCGAGACCUCACAAAGAGAAGCCGAGACCUCACAGAGAGAAGCGAACCUCACAAAGAGAAACGAGACCUCACAAGAGACAAGCUGAACCUCACAAAGAGGAACAGACCUAACAAAGAGAAGAACCUCACAAAGAGAAGCAGAACCUCACAAGAGACAAGCAGACCUCACAAGAGACAAAGCGAGACCUCACUGAGACAAGCCAGACCUCACAAGAGAAAGAACCUCACGAGACAAGCAGAACCUCACAGAGACAAGCGAACCUCACAAAGAGAAGCCAGAACCUCACAAAGAGAAGCGAACCUCACAAAGAGGAACAGACCCCACAAAGAGAAACGAACCUCACAAAGAGAAGCGAACAUCACAAAGAGAAACGAACCCCACAAAGAGAGCAGAACCUCACAAAGAGAAGGAGACCCCACAAGAGAGAGCAGAACCCCACAAGAGACAAGCGAGACCUCACCAAGGAGAAGCCAGACCUCACAAAGAGAAGCGAACCUCACAAAGAGAAACAGACCUCACAAGAGACAAGCCAGACCUCACAAAGAGAAGAAAUGA